UAUGUCUGUGAACAGCACUAGCCUACCAGGAACCCUCCCGCAGCCACACCGUGUAUUGGACUCUCCACACUCCCAACCUGUCUCUGCAUCAGCGGAGCCUGAGCCCUGGUCCAGUCUUGUUCUUGCCCUACCCUGACUUUCCUCCAGCCUUUCCUCCUCUCCCUCCCCCUUGGACUCUGAUCAUCCGGCUUUGCUCUUUAGCGUGUACCUGGACUUUAGCUACAGUACUGACUUUGGACCACCUGGCUUCGACCCCUGACUUGCAGCUGGACUUUAUCGAUGGACUCUGAUCUCGGUUCUGACUCUGGCCUGUCCCCGGAUCUCGACUGCAGGGCCACCCUUGGCCCAGUCUGACCCUAAGUCUGGCUUCAACUGCACUCCAACCACUAGGCCUGACUACUGGGAGGCAGUGCCUGACAAAGAGGGGUCCCUGGUCUACGGUUAGGGUUAGGUUGGCUCUCCAACCUAGAGCUAGGCUUAUAAAGGGUAGAGCUUCCCAGCCCCGGGAUAGAGUUAGAAACAGAAGCAGCAGAGUGAUGACAAUUUCUUCUUGACAGGAAUCUUUAUUCCCCAGAGUUCAGGGUGUGAUGGGAUGAAUGUUUGCGCAUUCCUCCUGUUUGUGGGUGUGGGGAAAACAAUCAACAAAGUCUUUUGUCCACUGAUGUUCCACAAUGGUUUGUCUGGUGUCUAUAGGCCUUCUUUUGUUGGGCAGGAGAUGACACCUCUUGUGGUAAACUAGUAUUUCACAUUUGGUAAUGCUGCUUUCCUGACCUGGGUUUCCCCCCUCCCGCCUGCCCCACUCUCAUAGCAAAUACUUUUAUAGUUACAGAGCAAACACUUAAACAUUACCUUAUAACAUGAGAUACAGAGGUUAUAAGUGAGAUAAUGCAUGCAACAGCUCACAAGCAUUUCAUAAGGUCCAAAUGCUAAACACAGCUCUAUAACUGUAGUACCUAUUUUAAGUAUACUAACAGACAGUGAGCCAGACUGGUUUCCAGCUAUGCAUUGUCAGUGUUCAGUGAGGCCUGGGGGCCUUGGCAUGAGCUUGGCACCUUGUCUGCCAGUGUCAGAGGGGUCCCUAGGCUCAGGAUUAGGUCAGGAGGGAUCCCUGUUUAGGGGUUAGAUUUGCAAAGGGUGGGGCACCUGGCCUAGGGUUAUAAAGUAGGGGGCACCCCCAGUCUAGUGUUUAGUUCAGUAGAGAUCCAGCGUAGGGUUGCAAAGUGUUGGGCUCCUCAACUUAGGCCUAGAAUUGGGAUCAGCAGGGCUUCUUGGCCUACAGUUAGGGUUGGAGUCAGUAGGGCUCCCCAUCCUGGGUUUAGGGUUAUAAAGAAUAUGGUUUCCUAUCACAGGAUUAGGGGUUGUGUUAGAAGGUUUGUCCAUACUAGGGCUAGGAUUACAAAAGGAAGGGCUCCUUUUUCUUAGAUGAUUAUUUAGGUCAAUAGGGCUCCCCGGCCUAGGGCUAGGGUUGGAAAGGGGAUUCGUCGACUGGGGCCGGCCAGCCAACCAAACCUGCUGGCUGGAAUCCGCUGGGUGGACUGCACAGACCUCACCUGUUUGCUUCUUAACAGUUUCACGCCCUCUUGAACUUUCUCUUCAAAGUUCUUUUCAGUGUCCCCUUAUGGUACUUUUUAACUAUUGGUCUUGUGCCCGGGCUUGGCUACACUUAAUACGCAGCUGCUGCACCACUGUAGCUCUUCAGUGAAGACACAACCUGCCCUCUUUCCUGUUACUGAGGGACUCCUGGUUAGUUUCGUUUUCUCCACUGACUAAUCGGCUUAAAUUCAGCAGGUCCCCAUGUCUGAUCUGAGGUCGCACUUGGAUAGGGACACCGGGGUGGUGGACACCAACCCUACGGAAGCACUCUGCCCUAGAGGAGGCCCAAUCGACCAAGUUUGGGGCAGAACGUCCCAGCAGAGGAGGGGCACGUAAGGUGCCUCUUCUCGUGACUUAGCCUUCUGGCCCGGUCGCAGUUAAUCCCAGUCCUUCUGAGGUAACAGAAAAUCCAGUGAAAACAAAUGUCUGAUCCCUCUGCCUGCGCUGCUGCCCUUCAUUCUGGGCCCUGCAGUCCAGUGCCCCUUUUGAGGGCCUUCACAGCACCCUGCCCGUGGCUGGUAGGAGAACCCAGGCCCUCCUCCUAUGCUGGGAUCCAGUCCAGGAACCCUAGGGCAGGCAGUCAUGGGUCACUCCACCAGUGGACUCUUUGCUGGUACUUCCCUGGACUCCUUCCUACUGAGACUUUCCCUGGGCUUUCUCCUCACCCUGCAGUGGUCUCCCCAUUCCUACGGAUCUCCUCACUCCCUGCUAUCCGCAGAGUGAUUGCUGGGUUUCUCCCUGCCGCCCUUCUGCUAUAAACUUCCUCUGCUUGUAGCACACCCAGCCACCCGCGCUAGGUUUCAUCAUUAAUUAGACAUGGACAACCCUCCAGGUGCCACUGGGCGGGUUCACCACCUGUGUGGGGGGAUAGGCACCCCAUCACAAGGGCAUAGGAGUGGCAUGAAACUCCUGGGUCAGCGAGUCCAGUCCCCUGCCACCGCGUCAUGUAUGUAUCAAGCUCCAUCCUAAAGCUAGUGGGGUUAUUUGGCCCACUGCUCCUAUGGAGAGGCUGUUCCAGGCCCUCACUCCUCUGAUGGACAGAAGCCUUCUGUUCAUUGCCCAGCCUACAUUGAUUCAUGGCCAGUUUAUCCCCAGGGGUCCUUGUGCCAACAUUGUCCUUUACAUUCAAUAGCUCUUCUCCCUCUCUGCUGUAUUUCUACCAGCUGCCCCUCAGCCUGCGUUUUGCUUGGCUGAACUAGCCAAACUGUUUUCCUCUCCUCGGACUCUCCGUUCCGCUGCGCAGCCUCGUCGACUUGCUCAGUACCUGUUUUGGCAUGAAUCCACCUGGCUCAGACAUGGGGCUUCCAGGAGAUUUGAGCCUGGUUGGAACACCCAGGGUGCUGUUCAGCCCUUGAGAUGUCGUCUGGUGCCUAAUUGGCCAAGUCCCUUCUCUCAGCAAUAAAGGCAAAACGUCUGGGAGUGCUGUGACUAUGGGAUAUAUCUCCUGCUUACGAGGCCAGCAAGCCUCUCCCAGGUAGCUCCAGAGGUGGCUGUGAAAGCUCUGCCGGCAAGUUCAGAUCUCCUGUGAUUUCCGUGAAUCAUAAUCAGAGGUUCCAAGCUGCUUAUUUACUUUUUUCAGUCUGUGCAGGAAGUCUGAGCGAAAAUAGGUGGAGAGAUGGGAUUAUAAUUGCCAUGGUGAGUCUGAGUUCCUGCUGCCUGCUUUGGGUGUGGAGAGAUUUUGUUGGUGUUGGUGCGGCUGUGCCUGGCCUGGGAAGGAGAAUCCUGUCUUCGAAGCGUGUUGCCAGGAGUGCUGAUGUGCCAGAGCCGCGGCCAUGCUGCAGCAGAUCCUGGCAGAAAUGUACAUCGCUCCUGAGCUGCUGGCAGAGCUCAGCGAGGAGCAGAAACAGAUCCUCUUCCUCAAGAUGAGGCAGGAGCAGGUCAGACGGUGGAAGGAGAGAGAAGCUGCCACAGACAAGAACUUGGCGAAGAAAGUGACCCAGCGGAAAGCGCUCGGGAAGUCGGUGAAGUGGAAGCUCGGCACGGACAGCGAAGUCUGGGUCUGGGUCAUGGGCGAGCACGCGUCGGAUAAGCCUUAUGAUGUGAUCUGCGAGGAAAUCCAGGCACGGAGGGCUCAGCAAGAAGCAGGGGAAGCCAGAGGAAGUCAAACAUUCCUAGAACCGGCUGUACCAUGCUCCCUGCAUUCUCAGCCAGGAGCCCUGGGUGGGACAGAUGCCAAAAGGAAGGAGGAAAAAACCGGAGAGAGGGAGAAGGAAGAUGUGAUAACAACUGAUAAAGAGGAGAAAAGCUGGGAUCAUGCUCAGGCUGCUCCCAGUAAAGGCAGAGACGUGCACCAGAUGUUGGCAGAUUCCAAGGCUCAGACGAAGAACUACGACGUUCAGCAGGGGAAGGAUCUAUCAAGGAGGAGGCCAGGAGGGAUGAGAGCAUCGGCAGAGGGGGAGCUGCCCACUAACAACGACCGGAAGGAGACCCAGGAGUCAGGGCAGAAAUCGGACAAGGACGAUCCCGAGUGGCAGGAAUCCUUGAGGAAAUCCAAAGCCGCUGAUGAGAGGAGACGCUCCAUUGCAAAGCAGGCCAGGGACGACUACAACAGGCUGUCGCUGCAAGGGAUUCGCAAAGGGAAGGUAGCCGAAGUUGCCAAGAAUUUUGGGAGCAAGGAGCGCAGCUUGCCCCCCCGUCCUUCCCUUCCACCCAAGCCUAAAACCCUAAACUCUGGGGUAGCCAAUGGGAGGCCCAACAGGAAUCUGGGCGUGCAGAGGACCCUCUCCACUUCCACCCAGGAGAGCAUCAUCAGGUGGUUUAAAGAAGAGCAGUUUCCUCUUCGGGCGGGUUAUGAGAAAUCCACGGACAGGAUAGCACCCUGGUUCCAUGGUAUCUUAACCCUGAGGCAAGCAGAGGAGCUCCUGAGCAAAUCGGAGCCCGGGAGCUUUCUGGUCCGGGUCAGUGAGAAGAUCAAAGGCUACGCACUCUGCCAUCUGUCCCCGGAGGGCUGUAAGCACUUUCUAAUAGAUGCCUCCAGCAGCGCCUACAGCUUCCUGGGAGUGGACCAGUUGCAGCAUGCGACACUGGCCGACCUUGUCAACUACCACAAGGAGGAGCCCAUCACUUCUUUGGGGAAGGAGCUGCUGCUUUACCCAUGUGGCCAACAGGGACCGGAACCUGACUACCUUGAUCUCUUUGAGUGAAAGCCUCCGUUCCCACCUUGUGACACACACCCGUGCCUUCCCCUGAACGAACAGAUGAACGGUUGUCCGAGAGACGGACCCCCUAAUGCCUAGCCAGCACCGAUCAAGUGAAAUCCUCCGCACAAGUGUCCGGAUUUGAACAUGUUUAGCAGCAAAGCAGUGAAAAGGCGAUUACUCCUGGGCGCUGCUCUCUGUUAGCAGCAGCAGGCCGCAGCAUUCAGCAGCCUAGCAAGCCAUGAAGGAGCGCUAGUGGCUUCAACCUUACUGGAGCAGGGUUCGCUCAGGAAAGAACCUGUUGAAGGAAGAUGCUGCCAUGGGUUAGAGCGAUAGUUUGUGUAAAUGACUCGGGGCUGGCUCUGAUUAAGCUGCAUUUUGCCCUCAGCUAGUGCAGCAUAACUUGGUAUUCAAUGGGAUGUUGCCAGAUGUGCAGUGAAAUUGGUAUUUUAAACUCAGAAAGGGGUCGCCUCUGUUCAAAGGGGGUGGAGCCGCAUCAAGGAGGGGACUUGGCCCCUAGUGGUAAGUUGCAUAAUUGCAGAUCAGUCCUGCAAGAGGCCGAGUCCUCUGGAGUCAGUGGGAGUAGCGGUCGCUCAGUGUGCUGCAGCAUCGGGUCCACCAUAAAAUCCACCCCAUGCAGAGGGGCCAGCAAAGACCUGCGCAGCGCAUGAACCCAUGUAUAUAGGGCUUCAGUGGGGCUUACUCGGUGACUAAGCUGUGUGCUGGCCCCUCUGCAUGGGGGGGGAAAUAAUGCCCUUUGGAGAUGGAGGGAAACAGCAAGUUCGUUAAAUAAAGAAACCAAGUUGGAAUCUGGCUGAGCCGUUUUAACUCUUGCACACAGAGCCUGGGCUAGUUUACAUCCAGCCUCCUGGGCCUUUUACUGUUAGUCGUCAGUAUUACUCAGGUCUAAUGUGGACAUGAACAAUGAGAGGUGCCUGCCAAUAAAGUACCCCGUCUCUUUUCCGUAA